UUACAUAUAGAGACGCGACUCGAGAGUUGUAAAAUGAACACUUCAAUAUCGGACGUAUAUACUUAGUCUCAUUUUUUUCAAAUCAUUCAAAAAUUGUAUAAUCAUCAAAGAGAAAUAUGUGAACGCGACCUAAGCGGUGGAACUGUGAAACUACCUAGUAUAAAAUGAGGUUUCUGCUCAAGGCUGUCGCGAGUGCAUCAAAACAGCUGCGGCACGUAGAUAAAAGCUUUUUAGGCUCAGUUUCAAACGUCCGAAAAAUGGCGUCUGAGGUUGAAAAAGCGCAAACAGCUACGCCCGGCGGCGACACUAUUUUCGGGAAAAUACUCCGCAAGGAAAUUCCCUGCAAGUUCAUUUACGAAGAUGAUCAGUGCGUAGCUUUUCACGACAUCAAUGCACAAGCUCCAGUACAUUUUUUGGUCAUUCCUCGCAAACCAAUCUCCCAAUUGUCAAAGGCAGAGGAUGAGGAUGAAGCUGUUCUUGGUCACCUUAUGAAUGUUGCCCGCAAGGUUGCUAAGCAGGAAGGAUUAGAUGAUGGCUUUCGGCUAGUUAUCAAUGAUGGCAAACAUGGAGCCCAAUCUGUAUUUCACUUGCAUUUGCACGUCCUUGGAGGACGUCAAUUGCAAUGGCCACCUGGCUAAUUCAUUAAUACAAAAGCAUUUAAGAUUUGAAAUAACUGAAAGUUAUAAAACUAAUAUUUUAAAAUAAAGCUUUAUUCAGAAUA